AUGGAUCUAGGUUUUGCGGAGCGUCUCAGCAAUGUGGUUGCCUUAACUUCUGCUUUGGCGCACGCUGGUCAAGAUGAUGCCGAGGCCAGGACGCAGGCUCGUGCCUUCGAGGACGAAAUCUACAAGAGCUCUAACAGCAACCACGAGUACCAGUCCAUGCUCGACAAGCUUGUCGCUCAUCUCGAACCAAAGGUGUUCAACGAGCCGGACCCUGAGACGGUGAGUGCAGACCCCGACGAGGUCCUCAACCCUGAAGGAUGUCAGACAUCCACCAUCUUCAAGGCCAAAGAUAAGAGCUGGAUCGCACCUUCUCCGAUCGUCGCACUGAAGGUCACUCAUCCAGCCACACUAUCACCCCCACACAACGUCAAGCGGGAAGCGCGACUGCUGGCAGAAUGCCAUCAUCAGCGAGUUGUUCCCCUUCUCGAGACGUUCGCCGAAUCUGGCGGCCGCUUCGUGCUCGUCUUUCCAUUCCUCAGACAAGACCUGGAGAAUCUGCUGAGGACCGGUAGUCUCACCAAAAGACAGAAGAGCAUGGUUUUUGAAGGUCUCUUCGAAGCCUUGGCCCACAUUCACAGCUUGGGCAUCAUUCAUCGCGACAUCAAGCCUUCUAACAUCCUUCUGGAAGGCAUGGACGGCCCAAUGUAUCUAAUUGACUUCGGGAUUGCAUGGUCACCUCGCGAUCCUGAUUCAGAGGCAGCCGAUAGCAAGAUCACAGAUGUAGGAACUACAUGCUAUCGGCCUCCAGAGCUACUGUUCGGUCACAGAGCCUAUGACACGUCCCUCGAUAUGUGGGCGGCUGGCUGCGUCGUGGGCGAAAUGUUCAAGAACGACGGUUUGCCCAUCUUCGACGGAGGACCGCUGGGUAGUGAGCUUGGACUCAUUAAAUCCAUGUUCACCACGUUGGGAACACCUACAGAUGAGACCUGGCCAACCGCUACGACGUACCCGGACUGGGACAAAGUAACAUUCAAGCAUUUCGAUGGAAAGCCAUGGGACAGCAUACUGCCCGGAGCAUCGCCUGCAACUAUCGACUUUGUCUCAAGGACGGUGUGCUUCGACAUCACACAAAGAUUGACUGCGGAAGACGCACUCCAGCAUCCGUUGCGCCAACAGCUUCAGGCGGUGUGA